GGGAAGCGCGCGUAGCCAAAGCAGGCGGAGUCGGAAGCGCGCAGCAGCGUCGGUCCGUCGUGUCUGCGGCUCCGCGGAUUCUUUCGUCUGUGUCUCGGCUGUUGGAUUCUCCGGGAGCGGCUUCUCCUUGCAGUCCGCAGACAAGCGUCCUCUCUUCGGUGUAACGGACGGACAGACACUGCGGGCAGCGCAGCGGAUAUAGAUCCGGGUUCUUAUAUUGCUCUAACUGCUGUGGUGGAAAACCCCGGACGGAGGCCCGCAGUGUGCGCUCAGCCUCCCGCAGGCCUCCAGCCCGGAAUCCCGCUUUUCUCCCGGAAAAUGGACGGAUUCACCGGCAGCCUAGAUGACAGUAUGUCUGGAGCAAGUGUUUCAGAUGUCAAUGACCGUCUCUCUGCUCUGGAGCUUCGAGUUCAGCAGCAGGAAGACGAGCUGACGGUGAUGAAAGCUGCUCUCGCUGACGUCCUUCGCCGCCUUGCUGCCUCCGAAGUGUCUGCUUCCUCCUCAGCCAAGAAGCAACAGGGAGGGAAAGGUGGUGCUGCGCUGCGUGAAGCUUACUCAAUGUCCUGUAUCGCUAAUGGAGGGAACGCUGGACGAAAGAGAGACUCCACUUCUGUCACAAGGAAGGAGACCUUGUCAUCUGCCGCCAAGAGUGGAACAGACAAGAAGAAGGAGAGCAGCAGCCAGCGGUCUCAGAUGGAGGAGAUCCAGGAACGUGAGGAGACUCCUCGCCUAAAGAACUCAUCUCCCUCUCCCCCUUCCCCCCAGCCUUCCCAAACCCCUCAGUCCCCUCAGACCCCAGUGACCCCCCUGCCACAGAGAACAGCCCAGUGCGCUGACACCAGUAAAGGCCACACCCCUCCCAAAAGGGGAACAAGUGUGAAGAGAUCCUCUGGUAUGGAGCGCUCCCAAAGCAGCACCUGGGACAGUUCAGAGGAAAACAGGAACAAACUUGUGAAAGCUGCAUCCACCUCCAAACUACUUUCUAAAAUGGUCAAGAACGCUGACAGACACAAAGACCCCGUGGUUAAUCAAGCUAAAAUGUCAACACGAGAGAAAAACAGCCAAGCUGAGGGAAACACCAUAAAGAUGUUCAUGCGUGGUCGACCGAUCACCAUGUUCAUCCCCGCUGAUGUGGAGAACUACGACGAUGUCCGGACAGAACUUCCCCCAGAGAGACUCAAGCUGGAGUGGGUUUAUGGUUACCGUGGCAGAGAAUGCAGAGCUAACGUCUACCUCCUUCCAACUGGAGAGAUUGUUUACUUCAUUGCCUCCGUUGUGGCUCUGUUUAACUAUGAAGAACGAACUCAGAGACAUUACCUCGGACACACAGACUGUGUCAAGUGUCUAGCCAUCCAUCCUGAUAAGAUCCGGAUUGCUACAGGACAGAUUGCAGGAGUGGACAAAGAUGGACGGCCGCUGCAACCUCAUGUUCGUGUUUGGGAUAGCGUCAGUCUAUCGACUCUGCAGGUUAUUGGUUUGGGAACAUUCGAGCGCGGUGUCGGCUCUCUAGCCUUCUCCAAAGCUGACUCUGGUCAGCACCUGAGUGUUAUUGACGACUGUAAUGAUCACAUGUUGACAGUCUGGGAUUGGCAGAAAAAGUCAAAGAUUGCUGAGAUCAAGAGCACUAACGAAGUGGUCCUGGCAGUGGAGUUCCACCCCACCGAUGCCAACACCAUUGUCACCUGUGGAAAGUCCCACAUCUUCUUUUGGACAUGGAGCGGGAAUUCACUGGCUCGUAAACAGGGGAUCUUUGGGAAAUACGAGAAGCCCAAGUUUAUUCAGUGUCUUGCCUUCUUGAGUACUGGAGAUAUCCUGACCGGAGACUCUGGUGGAAUCCUGCUGAUCUGGACCAGGAACUCGACUGAGCCACCCACUGGGAAAGGACCAAGAGCGUUCCAGAUCAGUCGGCAGGUCAAGGCUCAUGAGGGCAGUGUAUUCUGUUUGUGUGAGAUGAGGAGCGGCACUCUACUGACAGGUGGAGGAAAAGACCGGAAAAUCAUCCUGUGGGACCAUGAGCUGCGUGCGGACCGUGACAUCGAGGUCCCAGAUCAGUACGGAACCAUCAGAGCAGUGUCCGAGGGAAAGGGGGAGGAGUUUCUGGUCGGGACCUCUCGUAAUUUCAUCCUGAGAGGAACCUUUAACGAUGGCUUCCUGGUGGAGGUCCAGGGUCAUACUGAUGAGCUUUGGGGCUUGGCAUCCCAUCCCUCCAGAGAGAUGUUUCUCACGUGUGCCCAGGACCGAAUGGUGUGUGUCUGGAAUUCUGCGAAUCACCGUCUUCUAUGGAGCCGAACGCUGGAGGAACAUGGACAUUGUGCAGACUUUCAUCCCAGUGGAGCUGUGGUUGCCAUAGGAACACACUCGGGAAAGUGGUACGUUCUGGAUGCUGAGACCACUGAUCUGGUCGCGAUCCACACGGAUGGGAACGAGCAGCUGUCAGUGAUGCGCUUCUCUGUUGAUGGCUCUCUGUUGGCAGUGGGAUCUCAUGAUAACUUUAUUUACCUGUACACCGUCUCAGACAGAGGACGGAAGUACAGUCGAUACGGGAAGUGCACAGGACAUUCCAGCUACAUCACACACCUGGACUGGUCACCUGACAACAACUUCAUCAUGUCCAACUCAGGGGACUAUGAGAUCCUCUACUGGGACGUUUCAAACGGUUGUAAACUGAUCAGAAAUCGUUCAGAGUGUAAAGACAUCGACUGGGCAACUUAUACCUGCGUACUGGGAUACCAUGUGUUUGGUGUGUGGCCGGAGGGAUCAGAUGGCACCGACAUCAACGCUCUGAUCAGAUCUCACAACAGGAAGGUGAUUGCUCUGGCUGAUGACUUCUGUAAAGUUCACCUGUUCGCCUACCCAUGCUCAAGAUUCAAGGCUCCGAGUCAUAAAUACAGCGCCCACAGCAGUCAUGUGACAAAUGUCAGCUUCCUGUUUAACGACAGUCACCUGAUCUCCACGGGUGGGAAGGACACGAGCAUCAUGCAGUGGCGUUUGGUGGAGAAAACUUCGCUCUCUCUCCCUGACGGUCAUCUCUCUAACUCUGCUGCCCACCGGGCAGAUCCUGUCUUCACUCCACCCCCGCCUGCCCCAGCUACACUCACCCAGGAACCUGUCAUUCCCCCAACAGCCAAUGGCACCCAAGAACCCUCUUGUGGCACCACGCCCACCACAGAGCUACCCCCACCCAUAUCAGAGCUAACCCCUCCCCGCUCUGAGUCAACACCUCCCCCCUCAGACAGCACAGUUAGUCUGAAGGACAGCCUCGAGCCGAGCGAUGACACAGCCACGCCCAGUGAUGAGGGGCUGCCCCCCCUCACUCCCCCCUCUUAGAAAGAGGGAAAAUGUGUGUUGUGUGUUGGUACAGCUAUCUUUGUGAGGACCAGGUCUUUUAUACCUUUUGAAGACAAUUUGUAUUGUCCUUUCAGUUUUAGAUAAGGGCACGUAGCUGAAUGUUUAAGUAUAAUGCAACACAAUGAAAAGUUAAAAUGUGAACACAGACAUAAAACAAAUAUUGAUUUUAUUCAGUGUAAGAAGGAUAUCGUCAUCUCUGAUGUCCAUACAAAAAAUCUUCCAUAAAUCCACUUAAAGAAUCAUCUUUUUACAUUCUCUUCAAAGUAAUCCAGUGAUAGUUGUCUGUUUCCAUGAUAACAGUGCAAACAGGAGUUGCUUACAGCUCAUUUAGCACAGUUUUAAUGGAGAUAAUUGGUGACUAAAUGUGAACAAAUGAAAUCAAGAAUUCUCUGUGAUUGUAGUUUAAUGUUAAUCAGUGAGGGUCCUCACAAGUAUAGAAGUACAGUCAUAUGUAUGUCUGUAUGUGUGUGUCAGAACCUGAGCAUGUGGCUACAGAGUUGCAUGUUUCCUCAUCACUCACAUGUUGGAAUAACAAAUAUGAUGUCAUAGUUUGAAACAACUGGAGAGUAUGAUGGAGUCUAGAGGAGAGCAGUUACCUGGCCCACACAUACAAACACCAACACGUUCUAAUCAAUCUUGCCAAUGUCCAGGUUUGCUUUUUGCCUGUGUGUCACUGGGGGGCAGCAGAGAGCAGAGGAUAGGUGAGAGUACCUGUUGUGACCCUUACAGUAUGUAAGCUAACAGCUGUGUCUCAGGUAACUUUUUCUCCUCCAAUGAGAAUAGAGCAGGUGAAGUGGGUUAAGAACAAGUCUUAAGUGUUUUAGAAACUUGUAUUUUAAAUCUGGUAACUUUUUUGGGGAUAAAACUUCCUCUUUGCAUGUUUUAUUAGAGUUGUAAAAUAAAUAAUAUCAAUAAGAUUAUUGAUUCAAAAUGGUUAUUAAUCAGAGGACUCCUGUGAAGUCAGGUGCAGAAUUUAAGGUGUCAAAUUUCUCAGCAGAUACUUUAAGAUAAAUUCAUUCAAGCCACUUAAUUUUGUUGCGCUUUUUUUUUGUAGAUCUGAAAAAGACAAAUAUGACAUUUCAUGUUAAGAAUGCUUCAAAUACGAAGUAUAUUGUAAAAGGAAAAGGCUCAAACUGAAAUGAAUGAACUAAAGCUACAAGAAGUCUCUGAUAGCCAAUCACAGAGCUUCUUCUUUUAUCUCAGGUGAGGUUCAGUCUUGUGCGGUCUUUAAGGACAUGGAUCUUGGGCCUGUCACAAGACCCCCUCCUGAGAUAGGUAGAUUUAUGACCAAGGUGUCAAGACAUUGACACUGAAAUCAACCUCACUGACGUAAAUUGGAAGUUAAACAGGAUGUGAAUGGGAAGUUAACAGGAAGUAAGGGACGCAUAAAGUUGACCUCCAGAAUAGAAACUGUGACUCAAUUAUUUUUUUUAAAUCUGAAUCCGUAGUUGACAGAGUUGGAUCUAAGUGAGACCUUUGACCUGUCAGAGGAGAGUGUGUGUUGCAGCUCUGUUUGUAUAUACUGCAGAUGUCUGUGUGUAUAUUUCUGUUCACAACCAGGGGGCAGCAGUUCCUCAGCAACACUGUAAAAAAUACUCAGCCACCCUUCAUAUUCAACACUUGCAUCUCUCAGCCAAUAAGGUUGGAGGAUAUACAUGAUAUCCUCUCCUCUGAUUGGCUGGUUUUCAGUGACUCACUGGAUGACUGCUGAUCAUGUUUUUUGUUUUUUUGUUUUUUUUUGUCUCUUCUGGACCAUUUCUGUUCAAAAUGUUUUCUGAAUGUCAUGAUGAUGUCACUCUGGGGGCAGGGCCUAUCAGGGGUAAGGGGGAGGGGGGCAUUUAUGUUUUUUGCCUUUUUAAUACUGUUAAUCUUUAACAUUAGUCUUUUCUAUGCUCGUCUCUCUGAAGGGCUUGUACAGAGAUCAGAGACACUCCUGGAUGUUCAGGGAGGGGGAGGGGGAGGGAGCUAACAGUUUGUAGGAGUUUCUGGAUUAAAAUGUUUCAAUAUUCAGAUAAGACAAUUAUACUGAUAAAUGAUAAUGACAAUGUUCAUGUGACUGUUUUGAGCCAAUCAUGUCUUUUUUCAUGCAUUCCUGUCUGAUGACAGACUGUACUGAAGAUUUCAACAAAAAAAUGCAAAAAUAAAAGUUUUCAAAACUGA